AAAUAACAAUAACAAACUUUUGUAUGUUUAUACAUCUACUAUAAUCAUCGUGUUCAAUCAAAAGUACAAUAAUUGUAUCAAAAUAAAUGCUUCCAUAUCGUUUCCUUAGCGUUUUCUCUUGAAAUGAGUUCUUACGUAGCCAACUCGUUGUUUAAGCAAACUCACGAGGCGUCAGCUUUCGCUUUGCACAACCAAGGCUACGGAUCUAACCCCGGUCUCAGCGCGUCUGCCUACUGUGGUUAUGGAGGGCAUGAUCACCACGGGUCAUUCGCGUCCCCACCCUCCUCUAGCUCCCUUGUCACCGGAGAGAUGAACGUUGGGCUGCGUGGCGACCAAACGCCACCGCCAGAGUCUUCCACUGGAGACCCUACACAGAGACGACCCAUGAACGAUCAAACAAGCGGACAGGGAUCUCUAAACCUCGGACUGUAUCGCCGCAAACCCGAGACCGACUCGGAUUUGAGCGAAAUGCAUGUCGGCAAGACUCAAACAGGCGAGAUCAACAUCGGAACUUGGCAACCGGUCCAGCCAGUAAGACAAGCAAACCAUUCCAAUCAUCCACAAACCAGCGAGCAGCAACCAGAAAUAUAUCCCUGGAUGACUAAACUACACAUGGGUCACGAGGCUGACGGCAAACGGUCAAGGACGAGUUACACACGCUACCAAACUCUGGAGUUGGAGAAAGAGUUCCAUUUCAAUCGAUAUCUCACACGUCGUAGGCGCAUUGAGAUCGCCCAUACGCUCUGUCUGAACGAGAGGCAGAUCAAAAUCUGGUUCCAGAACCGUCGAAUGAAGUGGAAGAAGGACUCAAAGCUUAAACUCAAAGAGUCGAUCUAAAACAGGGAGCCAUUUUCAAACCUUCCUUUAAGAUGACAUUCAAAUAAUUUCAGCACCACCUAUAUUUCCUAACUGACCUUCGUGAUGCAAUGUUUCAGCAAAGAGAUUAUUCGAAUAUGGAUCUGAUGAUGUAGGUUAUACCUGUUGUUGUUGUUGUUGCUAUUGUUUUCAAUACUGUGAUGUUUUAUUUUCUAUCUUGCAAUGAUAUCGUGCAGUAGAUUCCUAAAGCCUAUAACUUGUGAGAAUGGAAACGCUUGAAAUACAUGAAUUAGAGAAAAUGAAACUUUAAUAAUUUGAACCUUUCAUGCCUUCCUCUAAUUUUCUUUUAAUUAUUUUAAAGUUGAAAGUGUACUGACAUUACUACCGUAUCGCAAAUAUUUUUUUCUUAGGAGUAGCACCUAAAACGAUUUGGUAAAUGCCUUGUAGAUUAUCUUCCACUCAUUAAAUAUGUUAAAUGUCUGUGUUUUUUUUAAUCAGCCCCACUCAAACAACUAGGAUUUUUUGGUCGAAACAGGAACAUUUUAGUGCGAUGGACCAUAUUCUCAUGGAUUAUUAUAUUUAAUAUAUUCCACAUAAGAUGUUUCAUUUUGGACAAAAAGUAUCGUAAGAACCGAAAAAUACUCAGAGGCAUUUGUAGUGUAUUCUUAAUAUUUUCAAUAAUUUUUCAAUAAUUUCAAAACUUUUGACCAUACUUAACAUAGUAUGUAACAUAUCCAUACUAUGAAGUGUUUCUGCAUUUCAAAGGUAUAGGUAAUGCAUUUUUAAAAAGUAUGUAUGUUUGUAUAACUUUCAGGAACAUUGUAUGUUUUUGGCCAACUCUACAUUUGGCUGGACUGUUGACUAGUAUCGGAGUUCAUGUGGCUAGUAUGAUUGUGGGAUUCGUUUUUUUAUCAUUGGGAUUAAGUUUGUGGUUAAUUAAUAUUGAUAAUUUAAAAUAUUGGGUAAAACAUGAAACAUGUAAUGGUGCGAUACAUUGCAAAACUUGAGAUAGUUUUUGGUCAUAUUUAAUUUAUUGCCAAUGUCCCAUUCCUCAUCGUUGACUAAUAAAGACAAGAAUAAUGUGUAGAUUAUGUUCACUAUAUCGUUCAAAUGGAAAAAGACAACAGAUUUCCUGUAUUAUAUUACUAAUUUAUAUUUUCAAAUCAUGUGAGAUUUGGGGCUUGAAAGAAGGCUAUCGUGUGAAAGGAGACUGAUAUCCAGGAGUAGGUAAUAAUUAAACAAUUUCCUUCUCGUUUCCAGGGGCUGCCACAAAGCACAAAGGUGUCAUUAAAACCUUUUGUCAUAUGUAGCAAGGUUAUUAUGGUUGUCAAAGAAAACCUUUGAAGCCUUGGUGACACGAUAUAUAACUUAUUAGAGUGUAACAUGUUCUUCACUAAGUCCUGUAUCAUUUGUGGAAAUCAUCAAUUGAGUGGUAGAAUGGAGGAUGCUCCUCUGGAACGAAAUUAACUUGAAUUAUUUUAUGUCUGAUAAAUUAAUCAAGACAAUAUUGCCCCGUGGAAUGGCGAUAUAACCCAUAUAUUUAAAUUUGCUCACCUUGAGUUGCUGAAGUUGUGUCUUUGAACUGGACUGAAACCGAAAGAAAGCCUUCGUGUAUGUUUGUGUUUUAAAUAACGAAAUAAAAAUUGGUGAAUUUG